AUGAACCGGGAUCAUAUAAUAUAAGUCUCCCUUUUGUCUUGUCUUUUGCUUUUAAGAAAACAAAUGAUUCAUCCAAGGGACCUAUCUUAAAUGCUUUUGAGAUAUACAAGUAUAUGGAGAUAAAUUAUGGAUCCCUAGACGCACUGACCAUGGAAAGCUUUGUAUCACAUUACCCAAAAGAAGUUUGGGCACAAGAAGGUGGAGAUCCAUGCUUACCAGCUCCAUGGUCAUGGGUUCAAUGUAAUUCAGAUCCGCAACCACAAAUUGUUUCAAUUAGACUAUCAGGGAGAAAUUUGACGGGGAAUAUACCUGCAGAGCUUGCUAGUUUAACUGGCCUAGUCGAAUUAUGGCUUGAUGGAAACGUGCUUUGUGGCCAUAUACCUGCUCUCGGUGCAUGCUUAAGUCUUAGAAACAUUCACCUUGAGAACAAUAAGUUAACUGGUGAUCUAUCAUUUUUGGAUGGCCUAUCAAAUUUACAAGAACUCACCAACUCCAGCAUGAAGUAA